AUGACUGAAUACUACCAGCAGAAAGAACAUGAUGGCUGUGUGUAUUUCGUGGAGUGUGGGUUUACAUUCGACGACUCCGCACAUGUGUGGAAGGAGAAGAAAGACGUGAAAAGCGGUAAGAAGUAUUACGUACAGCAGCAGAGUGGUGAAAGAAAAUGGCGUCUCCCUCUUCCUUCUUCUUCUUCUCCUGUUCUUUCUUAUACUAAUACCACAGCCCCGGUGGAUCCGCUGAAGCGCAGUAAGAAGGAUGAACAUAAAAAGAAACGCAGGAAAACCGCAAGCGAAGAGCGGAGAAAAGAGGAUGAAAAUGAAAAGAUGGUAAAGAAGAAUAAUAAUAAUAAAGGGAAGAAGAAGAAGAAGAACGUUAACGAUGAUAUGGGUUUUGAAGUAAACGAUGAUCUCUUCACUGCUUUUCUGAUACCUUCAGAACAACAGGUGGAUGAAAUGGAUAAUAUUGAAGAAGGAAGCAAUAAAAGCAACAGCAAUAGGCCGCACUCGCAGUUGGAGUUCAUUACAAUGGAGAAUAUAACCGAACCAGAGCUCAAGGUAGAGAAGUUAAUAAAUGUAGAAAAAGAUAGUAGUAAUACAUCUAUUCUGGGUGUAUUUAUUUUAAAUAACAAUGACGAGACCGAUAAUAAUAAUAAUAAUGACAAAGAAUUGGUAGAGGAAGAAAGAGAAGACGUCUAUCCACCUUUAAACCACUGCACAUAUGAAAGUUCUAUGUUGCCUGCAGUUUCAGGGGCAGUAGAGGUUGAGACUUCACAAGACCAUAGUAUUAGUAUCGAUAAUAAUAAUAAUAAUAAUAAUAAUAAUAAUAAUGACAUUAUUAAUUUAUCGAGUGGUCUAAUUAGAAAGGAAAAAGAAAUAAUAACUAUGGAUAGUCCAUAUGUUAAUAUGGAUGCUGAUAGUGAUACAACACUGGCAUGGCAACCGCCAGGGUUAGAGGAGUUUGAACUGCACACAUCUGAUGAUCCUGCAGGAAAAGUAACAGUAACAUCAACGUCCGUAAUGUUAAAUGAUAACACAAAUGAUAACAUGGAUGCACAGUUUUCCUUUAGGAACGAAUUAGAACCCUCGGCAAAUUUGGAUUUGGUAAGUAAAGAUGAUUUCUUUAAUGACAAUAAGGUCCUAGAUGCUUCUAUUUAUACUAGUGCUACUCUCUCUCAUUUACAAUCCGUUACCAUUCAACCACCCGAACGGCCUGCAGAGGCGGAUCUCUCACUAGAGCUUCAAGAGUUGCUAAAUGAAUCUUUUCUCCGUUAUCGCCACGGUGAUGUUCUUUCCACCGCCAACGUCAAGACGGUUUUAGAUUGUGAUGCUGCGAGAGAAGAUGGAAUAUCCAUGGAAAUGACAACGAGGAUGUCAUCAUUGGAGAACCGUCCCAUCGAAAUGGAAGAAAAGAAAAAGAAAGAUGAACAACGAGAAAGGGAAGAAGAAGAAGAAGAAGAAAAACAUCAAACGUCUCUACAAUCUCCAGUAAAACCAAUGACCACUUUGAAUGCCAAUCCCAUGCAAGAGAAAUUGCAGUUACUUAAGCGGCGACAGCGGACCAUCACAAGUGUUGUGGAAUCACCAGUGUUGUUUAUUACAAAAUCCACACCUAAUAAUAAUAAUAAUAAUAAUAAUAAUAAUAAUAAUAAUAAUAAUAAUCCCUCUGUCGGGCAAACUGGAAAUACCAGACGUAACACUGGUGUUGUGCGUGAGUCUACUACACAGGGAAAGUCAAAGUCCCGCAUCUCUUCCCAUUCACCAUCAUCUAUUUCUAUGCGGGCAGCUACGGCCGCACGGGCAAAACCGGUACUUACACCAUAUACGGCCUCCUUUUCAUAUGCUCUGCAAAAGGAAGCGAAACGAAAGCGUGCAAGUGAAAUGGCGAGCUCAAUCUCCUUUCAAGAUCAACCAAAAAAGGAAAAAGUACAUACCGUGGAGAAGUCUUGUAUAUCACAAGCAUUACAGAAUGGAAGAAAGUUAUCUCCAUCAGCAGCUGGUCCUGUAAAUAAGUCUACACCUACGACCUUUUCUUUUGCUCCCUCUGCUCCCAUGAGAUAUAUUGAAGCAGAACCAACGUCACUUCACUCACCUCCCAAGCCAACUCCAUUCUUUGCUUCUACAAGUACCUUUAUUUAUCCCUCAAAUUCUCGAGAGUUUUUGCAUAAAGAGAGGCAGAAACGAUAUCAAAAAUCUAGAGAGUUUAAUCAAGAUAUUAUUGAGGUUGACAUGUCUCCCCAAAAGUUCUCUAACCCCGUCUUGAACUAUACAACCUCGGACUUCACGGGUGGUCACACGAAAAGGAGUUCUGUUAAGUUAAUAAAUUGUUUUCCAGAGGAAUGUGAAGGAGGACUCCCUGUCAAGAGAGGAGAGAUCUCACAUCUAACUACCAAUAAACGUGCAGGUAGUAGUAGUAGUAGUCGCAGCAACUUUAUCUCUAAAGAAGGCAGACAAUAUUAUAAAGAGCGAGAAAAGCAAAAACGAAAGCAAAAAGAAGAAGAAGAAAACGUCAACACUAGCGUGGUACUACCGUUAACUCCAAAGCGAUGGUCUGAGAAUCCAGUUUAUGAUAUUGCCGAUCAUGCGCCAUCCACACAAGCCUCAACACGAGCGCCUAGUGUAACAAGUCUGAACCAUCAAUUACCGUCAACUCCCAGAACUCCACUGGAGAAAGGGAACGAUCCGCAUUGUUUUUCUUAUUCCUUAUCGACACUAAUGCUGCCAAGGGAGAAACCAACAGAAGUCAUCCAACAUAGUGUGGCAGAACUGCAGCAAAGGGAUCAGGAUUUAUCAUUAUCGCAACGAGAAAAAGGAGUCAGAGGAGCCAAAUACCGACUCUGUGGUAAUGAAGAGGUGAACAGUAAUACCAAAAAUGAUUUGCAUGUUUGCCAAGAUCCUCUUCCUCCUCCUCCUCCUCUUUCUUUUCCUUUUAAUCAUUAUAACGAUCCUCAGGAAUCUGAUAAAAAUGGUAGUGGUUACCAAAAGUAUCGAAACGUAACGGAAGCAAACGCUUCUUUGGAAACUGUAAUCCGAGCGGAGGCUGUGCGAGCUUUGGUUUCUCAAUCACGUGCAACACCGGCGCAGCGCGAGGCGGAUAUAGUACACCAUAUGAAUUCUGAAGAGCAGCAAUUGUGGUCCUCACUGCGGGAUAGACUCUCUUCAUUGCAAGGGCGAGCUGCACAGUUGGCAGGGAAAAUCACUGAGUGGGAAACGCAACACUCGUGCGUAUCUGAAGAACUACAGAAGAAGCUCCUCCUUGUUCGGACGAAGAAAAACAUCGCAAUGCAGGAGUGGGAAAAAACAGAAGAGGUUUGCUGGGAUUAUUUUACAACACAGCUCCUGCUAGAGCCUGAAAGUUCAAUGUAUCCGCUAAAAAGUGGUAUGUUUUCACUCUUUUUAUGCUGA